UGGUUGGCGGGAGCUUCGGAAGUGGUAGCCGUGACGUUGACUGCGGACCGCGCGCGGAGGUGCACCUGAGAAGACCCGCCUCAGUGGCUCGGGGGUCCAGGGCUGAGAUAGGGCCGCGGACUGAGUAACCCGUGGCCGGUGUUUCAGGAACGGAGGCUCCGAGCUGCAUGGGCGUCGCACCGAGAGUUUUCUACCUAGGAUGACUUCAGUGACUGAAUCAGACAUCAUAAAAGAAGAGAAUCCAGUGACGUCUAAGAUACAUGAUCAUCAAUUGCAAUCAAGUUUCAACCCUGUGGAAGUGUUUACUAAAUCAUCUGUCUCCUUGGAGAUGACUCAAGCAAAGGAAAGAAUUCACCUUGGCUCUAGCCCAGAAAAAGGGGAAAGUUCUGAUGUCAGCCACCAGGAAGGACUUCAGUUGAGGUCCCUUCAUUUGUCCACUCAAGAACAGUCUGUCCAUCAUGGAGACAGGAGACAGUCCUGGCGUCGAGCAAGUAUGAAUGAAAUAAACCGACGGAAGUCACUGCCUCCCUUCCAUCAGGGCAUCACAGAGCUCAGCAGGUCCAUCAGUGUUGACUUAGCAGAAAGCAAACGGCUUGGUGCUCUCCUGCUUUCAAGUUUUCAGUUCUCGGUACAGAAACUUGAACCUUUCCUAAGGAACACUAAAGGCUUCAGUCUUGAAAGUUUUAGAGCAAAAGCAUCUUCUCUUUCUGAGGAGUUAAAACAUUUUGCAGACAGACUGGAAAGUGAUGGAACUCUACAAAAAUGUUUUGAAGAUUCAAAAGAAAAAGCAUCAGAUUUGUCUCUGGAGAAGUCAGUGGCUGAGAUGAAGGAGUAUAUAACAAAAUUUUCUUUAGAAAGUCAGACUUGGGAUCAGCUUUUGCUGCGCUACCAGAAAGCAGUACUACCAGAAGCCAUGUCCAGAGAAUCAGCUGAAACCAAAAUUACUGAAGUCAAAGUAGAACCUACAACAUAUCUUGGGUCUUCUCAGAGUGAAGUUCUUAACACAAAACCUGACUAUCAGAAAAUAUUACAGAACCAAAACAAAGUAUUUGAUCAUAUGGAGCUGGUGAUGGAUGAGCUGCAAGGAUCAGUAAAACAGCUGCAAACGUUUAUGGACGAAAGUACCCAGUGCCUCCAGAAGGUGUCAGCACAGCUUGAGAAGAGAAGCAUGCAACAGUUAGAUACUUCACCUGCUCGAAAACUGCUUAAACUUCACCUACAGAAACCAUCUACCACACAUUGCUCUGGAUCUUGUCAGUGAUCUUGCCCAGCUUUUUUGCCAGAAGACACUCAAAGGAGAGGAUUGGGAAGAGUGCCCCAGCAUGUGGCAGCUGCACAGCAGCCUGAGCUGUCCAGCUCUGUUGCUAUGGAGGAUAACUGGCUAGCUGACUGUAGAGAACUUUGACUUUUUUCUGAAUGAUAGAAUUCAUGCAUCCAAAAGAAAAUUAGAAACACAUUUUUUUCCAGGAAUAUGCAAAAUGUUUGAAACUUCCUUUUUGAAAUGGCCUUCAAAACCAGUGGCCCAUUCUUUUGAAUAUCCUUCAUAGUAUGAAGAUUUCAGCUUUUGAAACCAAAGUCUUUUAGGACCAAGUUUAAUGAAACAUUUUAGGGACCAAGUUGGGUUCUGGUCAUAAAGGGGUCAGGUUGGUUUUCAAGGUGUGGCUAUGAAGGGGAUUUUAGAUAGAAGAGCAUUGAGCAUUGUUUCCAUCAUGGGGAUGCAUACAUCACUUCACAAAAUGUCCAAUUUAAAGAAAAUACUACUCAUUUUUUAUGUCUUGAGUGCACUUUAGUUUUUAACAUUGAGUUGAUAUACUAAGCAUUGAAUUCAUGGCAAGAGGAACUAAGUGCUACUUUUAAUUUUUUUUUUUUUUUCUGUGCUGGGGAUCAAACUCAGCAUGCUAGGCAAGUGUGCUUUACCACCAAGCUACACCCCCUGUUUCCCAGUAGUUCUUUGUAUUUAUGAAUAAACUAUAAAAUUAUAAAUAAUUUAAAAAUUUCCUAUCUUUAUAUAUGUUUUGAGUGUAUUUUUAAAGUAUUGUUUUUGUAGUGCUGAGCAUUAUGCCCACGGGCUUUGUGCAUGCUAACAGUGUGCUCCACUAUGGAGCUAUGCCCCAGUCUCUAAAAAUGAUUAAAGGCAAAGAAUGCUUAAUAGAAAAUAAGAUUUUUAAAAAAAUAUAUUUUAGUUACUGAUGGACCUUUAUUUUAUUUAUUUAUAUGCAGUGCUGAGAAUUGAACCCAGUGCCUCAAACAUGCUUGGUAAGUGCUCUACCACUGAGCCACAACCCCAGCCCAGAAAAUAAGAUUCUUUAUCAAAGUGAAGUGAGCAGUAGUAUGAAAAUAUGCCUCAGAACUUACUACCAAUAAAAUAGCUAAUUUAUUUUUAAUUUUUUUUUUAAAUUUUCAUCACACUAAUGGGACAAAACCUAUACAUUUAGACAUUCAGUCAAAAUAUUAGAUAUUGAACACCCAUUGGGGAGAGGUGAUAUCUCCUCACCUUGCCCUAUGUUUGUUUCUUAAACACUUCUAGGCACUGGGGAGAGUACAAAGAACAUAGGGAAAUUCCUUCAUGCGCAUUGUACUGGAAACAAGGAACACAGAGUGGUGUUUUUUUGGUUUUUUGGGUGUGUGGGUGUGUGUGGUGCUGGGGAUUGAACCCAGGGCCUUGUGCAUACAAGGCAAGCACUCUACCAACCUAUGUCCCCAGUCCAGGAACACAGAGAGAUGAUAUAGCUACCUUGGAAAGGUUAAAGACAUUAAACUGGGCAAGUAUUCUAGGCAAAAGCAGCAUUUUUUUCUUUUCUAUGGUACUGAGAAUUGAACCUAGUGCCUUGCGCAUGCUACAUAAACAUUCUAUCACCAAGUUAGAUCCUUAGCCCUUUUAAUUUUAUUUUGAGACAGGGUCUCACUAAACUAUGCAGGCUGGCCUCAGACUUGUGAUCUGAUCUUUCUGCCUCAAUGUCUCAAGAAAGUAGGAGCCUCGGGAUGGGAUUGUGGCUCAGUGGUAGAGGGCUCGCCUAACAGGGGCGGGACCCGGGUUCAAUCCUCAGCACCACAUAAAAAUAAAUAAAUAAAAUAAAGAGAUUGUGUUCAACUACAACUAAAAAAAUAAAAAUAAAAGCAAAAUAAUAAUAAUAAUUAAAAAAAAAAAAAGUAGGAGCCUCCCAAGUUGCUGGAAUUAUAGGUGUGUACCACUGAGCCAGGCCAGAACUAAUAAUAGAAGCAAGCAAGGUGUGGAUAUGAAAGAUCACUUAAGCUACUGAAGUAGUAGAGGUGAGAAAUAACAGCUUGUGUUGGGUGUUGACAGUGAAUGAGUGGGGCAGAACUGUCUGCAGCUUAUGGUGUCUGGAACAUGGCAGACAUGGAGCCUUUGUGUUAAAACCCAACUCUGCCACUUCCUAUCUUAUUGGGAAAAAGCUAUUUAACCUCUUACCUGUAAGGUCAGGAGAAGGACAGAAUCUAUAUUAUAGGGAUACUGUAAGGAUUAGAUUAAGUAACAGAUUUAGAACACUGGUUAUCAGUUUGCUCCUGAGGAUGAAGGCUUGAACAAGUGGGUAGAGCAUGAGAUGGAAAACCUAAUAGUUCAAUUUGGGAUGCCAAAUGGAGAAUUCAACUAGUCUUGUCAGACAUAAAGGGGGAAAACUGAGUAGAGAUGUCUGGAAUAGAGAUAAAACUUGAGAGAGAUGUCUAGUUAUUGAAGAUUUAAGAAUGGAUUAAGUUGUCCAUAGUGGAACAAGAAGAGAAAUUUCAACCUCAAGGAAAGCUAACUUCACAAUGAAAAGAAUGGUGCUGAUUACCCACUCCUGCAGAAGCACAGUAGUGUAAUGGCAAGAAUGCAGAGCUUGAAGUGAAUCCUCAUCUCUUAUCCUAAACGUCCUCACCUAUAAAAUGAGGAUAGAUCACUUCCAAAGGUAAUCACACCUCCUCUAGUUUACUUGUUAUAUUGUGUAUUUUUGUUAUGAGUACUUGUUCAAACUGAAGGAUUGGAAAGUGUGAUUUUUAUCUUCAACAGCUAAAUAAAACACAGAAAAAUAAUA